AUGGACCGCGGCGGUGGGGCCCGGCCGUUGGAGGACGGCGAGGACGAGGAGGAGGAGGAGCGACAGGGCUGCAUGGCGGCCUCGCAAGUCUCCAGAUUGCCCCCCAUCGAGGGUUGCACCUCAGAACUGAACAAACGGAAGGUGAAGAAGAAAAAAAAGAAGAAAAAGACCAAGAGGUCGGGCAAAGGGGACGAUAAACAUCAGAGUCAAGGCAUGAAGACUCAGCAACUGUCUCCAACCUUCCGUGACAUAUUAGGUCCCAGCAAAGAUCACGGCCCGGGGCCAGAGCACAGGCAGAACAGGGACGAAAGCAAGCUCUUCUCCUACUCCACCACUGUAAGCCUCCCCCGCUUUGUCGAAAUAGAAGAGACCCUUUCCAACCAGGUCAAUGAAAGUCUGCGCUGGGAUGGCAUUCUCGCCGACCCAGAGGCUGAGAAGGAAAGGAUUCGCGUUUACAAGCUGAACCGGAGGAAGAGGUACCGAAUUUGGGCCCUGAAGGGCUUGCACUCUGACCCCGGCGCCGCGGAGACCCCCGAGGACCCAGCCUACCUCUCGGAUCAGCACAGUGGCAGCAGCAGGCAGCUGACGGCCAAGGGCCCCAACCACUGCUCCGAAGGAAGCCUCGUGUCGACGGACAUACCACCCUGA